GUGUGGCGGACAUUAGUCAAGUGAGAAACGUCGCGUGAUACGCACCACACGGUGGACAGCGAACGGUGGCUAGUAGAACAAUCUGGAAAAGUGAGAGCAUUGUUGUCUUCCGGCAGCGUUUGCAACAUUGUUAUUUCCAAAUCCCCUUCUCGCACGCAUCGACGACAAGUUGGAAAAAAGCAGCCCAAGUCAGUCAAACUACUAUCUGGUCAGAACGCAGAGCGCAGUCCCGCACAGCUCAGUCUUGAGUUCAGAGUUUUCCUAGUCAGCGCCAACACCGGCCAGCAUUCGCAGGAAUCCCGCAAAAUUCGUUUCUGGUUCCGCGACUGGCUACAUGAUGGCGAAGUGCAAGCCCACGUGGCACAAGACUUUUUCCGUGAGCUUGUCAGUCCGAAAGAGUUUCCACGAGACUACGUUGGAUUCAUCAAGAAGAUUAUGAAACAGCUGCAGAAAGGCUACAACGAGAUUCAAGCCGUCGAAGUGGAACUUCGAAUAUUGGAGCAAACUUCCGCGCCUCCAUCGCGACCACCUCGUCCAGGACAUGUUAUAUUUUGCUACGGCAAUUGUAACAAAGCUUACGGCUCCAACCAUAGCGGUUGUAGUCACGACGGUGGUGGUGGUGGUGGUGGUAAAACUCAUUCCAAUAGCAUACAUCCCUCUCCAGUUCAUCAGCCGGCUGAUUCGCCAGAUCCGAUUACUUCAACCGUGUCGUUCGAGGAUUCCCAGUUUGAAGUUAUUCCUCUGACACCGGAAAAGAUUCUCGAGAUGAUUGAACAGGCCUACCCAAAUCCAAUCACUCCGGAAGAUUUAGCAAAGGACAACGGUUGGGACGAGGAGGAAGUGCUCCAAAUCAUGCUUCUGCUGAAGGAGCGGGGUCUUAUCAAAUCGAUGGAGUUCAACUCGUUCACGCGCAUCCAUCACGACGAUAAGGAGAUAAAAAUCGUCAAACAGAUGCCGACCAUCGCAUCGAACAAGCAGCCGACGAUUGCCAUAAUUACGGCGCAGUAUUGCGAAAAGUUGGCAGUGGAUGCCAUGCUGGAGAAUAAGGAAACGUUCGUCCGGUACACCACUGUGGGAACGUCACCCGAGGCUCCGAUCAAUGGCCUGCAGAGGCAUAGGCGAAGUAGAAGACGAUUUGGUGAAUCCAAUGUCUACACACUGGGCAACAUUGGCGCCCAUCGUAUCGUUAGCACCAAGCUACCGUCCGUUGGUAGUACCCGCGAGGCCAUGACAGCCGCUGGAAACACCACUACUCGCCUUCUCGGAACAUUCCAAAAGGUGGACUACGUCUUCAUCGUAGGGUUGGCCGGCGGUAUUCCGCAUUACACCGACUACAAGAAGCACGUCCGCUUGGGAGACGUGGUAAUCUCGGCAGUGUCCGAGCAAAUCAAAAGUGCCUUGGAUGCCCUGGGCAGGACCCAUGCCAAGCCUUACUGUUACGUCUACAACGGUCAAGGUGAUCUGAAAACUUAUUACCCGGUGGACGACUGUCUCCAGAGCAUUGGGAAGUCGUUGCAGUUAAAUGACGAUGGAAAGAAACCCUGGGAGGUAUAUAUCAAAGAGGGCUUGAUCAAUCUCAACCACCGGAGUGAUAACGACUUCUCGAGACCGGCCCCAAACACGGACAAACUGUACAUGAACAUCGGCAACAAGGAUGUGAUUGAGGUAGCACAUCCGGUGGACCAGGAUGACGUCGAUGGAGUACCUCAGACCAGAAUUCACGUCGGCCCCAUCGGGUCGGGAUACGAUCUCAUCAAGUCGGACAGUCUCCGGACACAGUACUCCCAGGAGUACGGACUGGUGGCCACCGAUGUGGAAAUGAACUCGGUGUUGGAUAGCAUCGUCGGAAACUGCCGGGACAGUUUUAUUCUGGUCAAGGGCGUGUCCGAUUACAAGGACGGCACGACGUCGAAGAAGUGGCAAAACUACGCUUCGCUGGCCGCGGCGGCAGUGAUGAAAACGAUAAUCUGCGCAAUGGAUGCGCCGACCAACGUCUAAUAGCACGGUAUCCAUAUGGCCAUUGGGGAACUUACGCGAGUCUUCUAAAUGAAAGCAACCGAUCUAGUUUUGUGACAAGAAAGUACCAAAAUACUAGUUUUACUUUUUAUCGGCGUAAGUGUUUUUAUGUAUUUUAUCGUAAUUUAUUACCCUUAUCAUUCAAGGCAUUCAAGUGAUUCUUUGCGGAGACCAACUAGCGUGGUAGAUGUAUAAUGAUUUUAUUUAUAUCCGGAAUAGAUGAAGCUACGAACA